UGAUGCAGUGAGACACCGACCAUUAACUGAUCAUGUCCAGUUGAAUUGUUGGACCAUUCCCCCCCUUUCUUCCAGUCCCGGAUUAACUCCAGUCUUUCUUUUCUCUCAACUACCAACCGCCCACCAUGGCGACCGUUGACUCUCUCCUCUUCAACAUAUCCUCCUUCAUCGCCGGUCUAUUCCUUCUCGAAUAUGGCGCCGACAAGUUCAUCGAUCACACGGCCAUUGUCGCCAAGAGACUCAAUGUCUCGCCCACCCUCGUCGGGCUCUUGACCUGCGGCGCCGAAUGGGAAGAGCUCGUCGUUAUCAUCGUCGCUCUGAGCCAAAAGAACUCGAAUAUGGCCCUGGGCAACUUGAUCGGUUCAUCCGUCGCCAACAUCCUGGCAUCCUUCUCGCUGGGAUUGCUGUUCAUGAAGAAGGCCGAAUUCGAUCGCAGUUCCAAGAUCUACUCGGCUGCUCUUCUCGGCCUGACGACAGUAUUCUUGCUUCUUUUGAUCGCUCUCAAGGGGUCGUCUUUCCAAUGGUUUGGCGGUAUCCUCCUUAUCGCGGCCUUCGUGAUCUACGUUAUCUCUGUGGCGUCUCUCAUCUAUCGAGGCACGCUCACGGCUCCAGAAGACUCGGACAGCGGCAGUGACAGCGACAGCAGUGACGAUGACAGCGAUAGUGACAGCGACGACGACCGAACUAUCAAUGCUGGCGAUAGCGGCAGGGGGCGCCCUAGCGACGAAGAGCAAGGGUGGACUUCUGACAAGGGCCAUCAACUCAACCUGCUCAAGCCCUCGCCAAACAAGAUGGCCAAGGCCAAGAAGAAGUCCAAGGCCGUCAAGGUCAUAAACAAGCGCCCAAAGACAAUGCGCCAUCAUGUCUUCCAACUCGCCCUCGGUCUCGCUGCCCUGCUCGUCUCUAGUUACAUCAUAGCACACAGCGCAUCGACUAUCGGCCACGAGCUGGCUCUGUCCGGUACCGUCGUCGGCACCACGAUUCUUUCCCUGGCCACCACCCUCCCAGAGAAGUUUGUCGCCAUUCUCGGGGGUGCCCGACACCAACCAGGCAUUAUGGUGGCCAAUACUGUCGGCUCCAAUAUCUUCCUGGUCACCCUCUGUGGCGGAGUGCUGUUUAUCUGGGGAGAUGCCAGUCAGCUGCAGCUCGGGUUCACGCUCUUUGAAGCCACUGUGAUGUGGCUAUCGGCUGUGGUUAUCUUUGGGAUUGUGCUGAUGGGCGGGAGAAGGUGGAUGGGCGUCGUCAUGCUCGUUGGAUAUGUCGCGUUUUUGGUCGUGGAGAUUAUGAAUGGCCGCGAGCUUGACGAUGACUGAGCAUCCGCGGAAAUGUCUUUUUCCGUUCUUAUCAUUCACUAUCAUAUUGGCGUUUGGGGUGUGCUUAUAGAGGAUGAUUAGACACAAUGUGGGAGUAAUCCGGGCUUUUCCUGUGAGCUCUGUAUUUUUAUUGAGGACGUUCAAGGAGAUAUGUUCCUCUUUGCUUUCACGCUCACCCGACCUCCUUGUUAUAUUUACCCGCGCAGAUGUAAGACUUGUGUCUCCUCCCCUUCGACGGUUUGCUUCUGGCGUCCAAGCCACCCGUCGCACAUCACUUUUGCGCUUGAUGCGAACUUACCGCCAGUAAAGUUACCUAGGCACAAAGUGUAGUGGACAUGCAUUGACUCCUUUCAGCUCAUUGCGACUGUGACCUUCCAAGUCCAGAAACGAUCCUGG